CUUACUUUGAAAGCCCGCCGGGGGUGUCAGCCAGGGAGAGCGGGGGCCCGCGAGAGGAACUGUUCCGUCCCGGACGAGGGGAGAAACAAACAGCGAGGCCGUGCGCGAAAAAACCAUCACCCCGAGCCCGAGUGUGUGUGCGCGCGCGCGUGCGUGUUGUGUGUUUCGACAUAAUGCCCGUUUCCGUCCGCCGGGUAUGACCACCACCACUGCGGGACGCUGACUUCUGCAGCGAGCGCUUGUCGUCUGCUACCAGACUGACUAGGUAGGCAAUGUGCCGGCUGCGUCGUUCCCUGUCGUGACCGUGGUCCUGCGCGACGAGGCACCAAAAAUCUCAGCGCUUGACUUCUCCUCUAGUGUUUCUCUUUCUUCCUUAGCUUGGCUCGUCUCCUUUCGGAAACGGUUCGCGCAGCUAACGCGCAACGCGUGGCUCGAGUGCUGUGAAAAUCGCGCCGUCGACAGGCUUGACUGUGUUUCGUCUGCAUCGUCUGCGAGCAGGAUUACGCCCUUGGCAUCGUCUGCUGAACAAUCGAAAAUCAAGAGAGAUACAGUACUCAGAAUGACGGAAUACGGCCUGACGGAAGAGCAAGUCGCAGAGUUUAAGGAGGCCUUCAUGCUGUUCGACAAGGACUCCGACGGCCGCAUAACGUCAUCCGAGCUGGGAAUCGUCAUGCGUUCUUUGGGACAGAGACCGACCGAGACGGAACUGCGGAACAUGGUCACGCUCGUGGACACGGAUGGCAACGGGACGAUCGAGUUCAACGAGUUCCUGUUCAUGAUGUCCAAGAAGAUGAAGGAGACGGACAGCGAAGAAGAGCUCCGGGAGGCGUUCCGCGUGUUCGACAAGAACGGCGACGGCUUCAUCUCGGCGUCAGAGCUGCGGCACGUCAUGACCAACCUGGGGGAGAAGCUCACCGACGAGGAGGUUGAGGACAUGAUUCGAGAAGCGGACCUCGACGGAGACGGACUCGUCAACUACGACGAGUUCGUCACAAUCUUGACGGCUCCGAAGUGAGCGCUGUCGCCGAGCCGCAGAGCCUCGGCCCUCUCCAGUGAGACGAAUGACGAAGACGUCGACGUGUGUCCAUGCGCGCGAAUCUUCCAGUUUGGCAAUACAACACCGCGCCCUGCGGGACCGGUCGAAUCAUCGAAUGCCUCCCCCCUCCCUCCCCCCCCUUCCUUCGAACCGCUACAGACGCUGCCCGGUGUGGGUGGACGUACAGACCUUGAUCCCUUUGAAGCCCAUGUAGCCACCAACCAACUUCGUGCGAUAACUCGGAUUUCACUUUUCGUUAUUUGU